UUAUUCUCCAAGACAUGCCUACGUUUUCCGUGAGUUCUAAUUGCGAUCCAACAAUCUAGUCUUAAUUCUUCUGGUUUAGUACCGUCGCAUCUACCCUAACAUGUUAUGUAUGGUCAUCUAUUUAUUUUUAAAUGAUGGUUUAAUUAUAAAUGAUGAUUUUAUGCAUUUGUGGUGUUGUAUAAUUCUAUGAAUAUAAAAAUUGUAAGCUAAUGAUAAAUUCUAUAUACACGUAAAUUUUACAAAAUGUUAAGUAAAUUUGUUCCCUCAAUUUUGUAUAUUUUCUUAUGAACUGUGUCACAUCUAUAUUUGUUUUUCAAGCUCUGGUUAAAUAGCAGAGAAGUGUAGGCCAAUAAAAUUACCCUUCCCGCCAACUAUUUUAGUAAGGAACCAACGUUUAGUAGUAACACACAAACUAAAAUGGAACAAUUCUCUUAUGGUUACGUCACACUUAAACUAGCCAGUAACCACCUUAAAAAUAAAAAUGAAAGCUGCAGAUUGCUAGAACCUGUAAUCCAACUAAGACAUUAUCUUGCGAUAGGAAAUGAUCUAUGAUAUAAAAUUCUGCAUUAUUAAAAAAAAAAUGUUUCAGUGAUUAUUUAUAUUAAUGCUGACAUUGCUAAGUCAUGUACGUUUGAAUAUAAACACUCUCGAUUAAAGUGAUAUAGGUCUGGACACUGUAUAUUCUUGAAUCAUCAAAUGACCAUUCGGGCAGGCUGAGACAAAGGCUGAGGUACUUAGAUAAGAAUCGAUGGUAGAUUCUAGUUGGAAAGUGAAUGGAGUCCUUCGCAGCAGGAAAAAAAAAAAACACUUUUAGAAUCUUUAGAUUUUAAUGUGCUAUUAUCUUAUAGACAAACAAGAGAGAUUUUAUUUUAAAAUUUUAAAUUUAUAGCUAUCGUAAAAGGUAUAAUUAUAUGUUGUUUAAGCUAGUUAUAGGAAGACAUACUUUUGACGAGUAGAAUAAAUUAAUUUCUUGUAUGUAUUACACUUCUAGUAUAAGAAUACAUGCACUCAUAAUUUCUGAUUUAUUUGCCCCUACCACGUUCUCUCUCUCUCUUUCUUCCUUUUACGUCAUUGCCUCUCGAUUCGUGAGAUACAUGUUCGUAACUAUACAAAAUAAAUAUCUUAAAACUUAAAAGUGAUGUGUAAACGUUUUAUUGGAUCAACUAUUUUAACAUUUUAAUAUAAAUAGUGAUGCUAGCCUAGGGGUUUUGAAGCAAACACACAAUUUGUAUUCAAAAGAAGUAGCUAAAAGUAAAAACAAAAGAAAAAUGGAGAAGUGGAUGAACUUGAUGAGAGACGAAGACUUAACGGAAGAAACAAAGACUCUAAUCUCUUCACUUCCUUCAGAGAAAGCCUACCUCGGUCGAAACCUCUGCAAGUACCAAGGUUCUUGGUAUUACUACAACUUUCUCCAAGGCGUUCUCAAUUUCCAGAGAGGUUUUAAGCCUCAAGACACCGAUGCUAUCGUCGCAUCGUACCCAAAAUGCGGCACCCUGUGGCUCAAGGCACUCACAGUUGCGCUCGUUGAGAGAUCAAAGAACCCUUCGUCUGAUGAUCCUACGAGCCAUCCUCUUUUAUCCAACAAUCCUCACAACCUCGUACCUGUCCUUGAGAUGAAUCUUUACCGCGAUACCCAAACACCGGACUUGACCAAGCUCACAUCAUCAUCUCCAAGGCUGUUCUCUACUCACACGCCUUUCAAUACGCUCCAAGUAGCUCUCAAAGACUCUCCUUGCAAGGUACUUUACAUUUGCAGGGACGCGAAGGAUUCUCUGGUGUCACGUUGGCAUAUCGUUUGCAGGAGUCUGAAUAAAGAAGAGGACAGAACCAUUCUUGAGUCUAUGUUUGAGUCCUUUUGCAGCGGAGUCUGCUUGUUUGGUCCGUUCUGGGACCAUAUCCUGAGUUAUUGGAAAGCUAGCUUGGAAAAGCCAAAGCAAGUGCUUUUCAUGAGGUACGAUGAAAUAAAAACAGAUCCUCAUGGUCAGAUCAAGAAACUUGCAGAGUUCUUGGGUUGUCCAUUUUCUAAGGAAGAAGAAAGGAAUGGAUCAAUAGAUAAGAUCUUGGAGAUGUGUUCUCUGCCUAACCUGAGCAGUUUGGAUGUGAACAAGACAGGAAAAUCAAUCAAUGGCAUAGAGUACAAGAACCAUUUCCGCAAAGGGAUAGUUGGUGAUUGGAAGAAUCAUCUAACUCCGGAAAUGGGUAACAAAAUCGACAUGAUCAUGAAGGAGAAACUCAAAGAUUCCGGUUUGGAAUUCUGAGGUUUGGUUUGAAAAUGCAUUGUAAUAAAUUAAUAAUUAAUAAGUGACCCUUUUGAUGCAUGGCUUUAAAAUUCUGAAUGAUGUUGUGUUGUUUGUGUUUUCCUUUGAAAUGCAUUGUAACAAUAAGUACCUUUAUGGCUUUAUCCUUUGAUCAUGUAACCAACAGUUGGAA